ACGGGGGGUGGGGGUGGGGCGGAGGAGGGGCAACGCGGGAGUCAUCACCCGCACGCGGUCCGCGGGCGAUGGGCGACUCUCGGAGCGGGCGCCGGGCCCUCUGCGGAUUGAGGGGCGGCCGAGAGACUGGCCCCGCCCCGCGGACCCCGCGCGGGUCCCCAGACGGGGGGUGGCGCUGCAGGCGCGGGCGGGCGCCGCGCGCACUGCGGUCCCCGCGCCUCCGCCGCAGAGCGCGCCACGCUUCGUACGCACCUGCCGCCGCCGCGCCGCACCGAGCCCGCGCCCCGCGCCCCGCGCCCCCCGGAGUCGCCGCGGCCGCGCCAUCGCCCGGGGUCGCCGCCGGAGCCACCGGAGACGCAGGGCCGAAGCGCGGACGCCGCAUCCGGGCCUGCCUUUGAGACAACCUCUGCGGCGGCGGCGCGCUGCUCGGGGACGCCAGGCUGGGGCAGCUCGGGCCUGGUCCAGGCCUCUUCCCUGCUCCCGCCACCGACGAGCCGUCGGCCCUGGUCCACCCGCAGCCAGGGCUCCGGCUAGCUGCCUUCCUUGGGCACGCUGCCCUGGAGUCAUGGGGCCCACCUAGCCCCUGCCUGCCCGGAUGCCCCAGCCCGGGGACUGCUGACCUCGGCUGCAGGGGGAGUCCCGCCAAAGCCCCCUCAGCAGCCUCAGCAGCCAGAGACCCUGGGUGAACCCCUGGGCCAGACCUCCAGCCCAGGGCAGCCUCCCACGCCCCCCUGCCCCUGCCUCCCUCCACCUCCCCCGCCCCUUCCUCCUCCUCCCAGGACUGAACCACAGAAGCCACUGUGGCCACUAGGAGGGGCCCUGCCCCCUCAGCUCUCACUGGUCAACCCCAAGAGUCCUCAGGGUGGCCGGGGUCCCCACCAGGCCUGGCAGGACCAGGAUGCUGCCCCUGCUCCUCCCCCCCGGCCCCACCCAACGCCCCCUCCCACCCUAACACCCAGUCUGACGGGAGACAGCCGGAUGCCGGCUGACCCUGGGCCCGACGCGGGCAGUGGCUGGCCGGGCCUCCUCAUGUCCUGCCUGAAGGGCCCCCAUGUCAUCCUCAAGAUGGAGGCCAUGAAGAUUGUCCACCCUGAGAAGUUCCCCGAGCUGCAGGCGGCCGCCCCCUGCUUCCCACCCGCCCCCCGGCCCACCCCGGCUCUGGCACCCAAGCGCGCCUGGCCCUCAGACACAGAGAUCAUCGUCAACCAGGCAUGCGGAGGGGACAUGCCCGCCUUGGAAGGGGCACCCCGCACCCCGCCCUUGCCACGGCGGCCCCGGAAAGGCAGCUCGGCGGAGCUGGGCUUCCCCCGGGUGGCGCCGGUGGACGAGGUCAUCGUGAAUCAGUACGUGAUGCGGCCUGGUCCCGCCGCCCCGGGCGCCCCCGCGGUGGCGUCCCCGGCUGCGGGGGAGCCCCUGGAGUGCCCGACCUGCGGGCACACGUACAACGUCACCCAGCGGCGGCCGCGCGUGCUGUCCUGCCUGCACUCCGUGUGCGAGCAGUGCCUGCAGAUCCUCUACGAGUCCUGUCCCAAGUACAAGUUCAUCUCCUGCCCCGCCUGCCGCCGCGAGACUGUGCUCUUCACCGACUACGGCCUGGCGGCGCUGGCCGUCAACACGUCCAUCCUGAGCCGCCUGCCGCCCGAGGCGCUGACCGCCCCGUCCGGCGGCCAGUGGGGGGGUGAGCCCGAGGGCAGCUGCUACCAGACCUUCCGGCAGUACUGCGGGGCCGCCUGCACCUGCCACGUGCGGAACCCGCUGUCGGCCUGCUCCAUCAUGUAGCGCCCGCCUGCCCGCCACCGCCGCGCGCCUCCGCCUGCUGGUCCUCGCGCUGCUGCUUCAGGGGUCCGGCCCCGCCAUGUCCCCCUCUGAGCCCUCACCCGUCACAGCUUCUGGCCCCCACCUGUGUGGCAUUCUCGCUGCAGCCAACUUUGCCAUUAAAACGCCGCCAAAGUU